CAUGCGCGGCGGCCGCCGCCUCAAUGGGAAGACGCGUAAACAGGCAGGCGGAUGGCUCUGGGCUGCCUGGCCCAUGGGAACAGAGCAGCGCUGAGGACGUGGCUGCUGCUGCCGCCGCUGCCGGUCGGCGUCGGGCAGAGGGGUGCUCCAGGCAGCAGCAGCCGCCCCUUCUCCAGGAGUAACUGUUAUAGCCGUCUGGUGGGGAGAGCCUGUGGGGUGCAUCAGACAAGUUCUCCUUCCUUUGGAUUCCUCUUUGAUAUCGAUGGAGUGCUUUUACGGGGCCGGCUUGUCAUUCCUGCUGCUAAGAAAGCCUUCCAGAAACUAACAAAUUCAAAAGGCCAGUUCCAUGUGCCUGUUGCAUUUGUAACCAAUGCUGGGAACUGCUCUCGGGAUAGCAAAGCCAAAGAACUGUCUGAAGCCCUUGGAUUCAAGGUGUCUCCUGAAUGGGUGAUUCUCUCCCAUAGUCCACUACGCCUUUUCCAUCAAUUCCACAAGAAGUGCGUGCUUGUCUGUGGACAAGGUCCCGUGGAAGAAAAUGCCAGGGACCUGGGAUUCCAGCAUGUUGUUACCAUUGAAGAGGUGAGGAAAGCAUUUCCUCUGCUGGACAUGGUUGAUCAAAGCCGAAGGCCAAAAGAACUGCCUCCUAUGCCCACUGACUUCCCCACUGUAGAAGGGAUAAUUCUGCUGGGGGAGCCUGUCCGAUGGGAGACCUGUUUGCAGCUGAUUAUUGACAUACUUCUGAGUAAUGGGAAUCCAGGGGUACAAUUGGCUACUGUGCCAUACCCACAUCUGCCUAUUCUGGCUUGCAACAUGGAUCUCUUAUGGAUGGCAGAAGCCAAGAUGCCAAGAUUUGGUCAUGGCACUUUUCUGGUGUGCUUGGAGAAUAUCUACAAGAAAAUGACUGGCAAGGAAUUAAAAUAUGAAGCGCUGAUAGGCAAACCCAGCACAGUUACCUACCGCUAUGCUGAGCAUGUGAUCGAGCAGCAGAUGGGGAGCUGGGGCUGGACGUCUCCUCUUCGCCACCUGUACGCUGUUGGGGACAACCCGAUGGCUGAUGUUUACGGUGCAAACCUCUACAACCGCUACCUCCAGACUCAGGCUAAAGUUAGCGUAACCACCAUGGCAGCAGAGAGCAAGGAACAGAGAAACCACAAUGUCUGCUCUGCUGAGAGCUGUCAGUCUAUCUUGGUCUGCACUGGAGUCUACAGUCCUUAUGGAGAUGUUCCUACAGACUGCAACAAGAGUAUGUUGGAGACUGUAUUCCAUGGCCACCGGGACUUCCAUUUUGAUCCGAGCUUGGUGGAGGCUUCUCAUGUCGUGCAUGAUGUCAAUGAUGCUGUGGAACUAGUCUUUCAGAAGGAGAACUGGAAACAAGAAUGAUCAGUUCACUCCUGCCAGCAUCUGAUGGUGGGGAUGUAGGGUAUAGGAAGACUUGAGAUUGUUCUUGUUCAAGCCGGGGCAGAGUAAAGGGGAAUUCCCCACUUGGUGGACUUUUAUCCUCUUUUAUUUUGCCAGGAUUUCAAAGAAAACCCUUUUAAUAUCAACAGGGUUCUUGACAGCCCUCAACAGGCUGUCAGUCCUCGCAAUCGUUACCACCUUGAAAUUUUACUGUCUUGCUCUUACAGCUUUUGCCAGAGUGAAGGGGAAGCACUUCCUUGAGAAAGGUCACGGUUAUAUCUCCAAAUACUGUAGAUUCCUGUAAGGUUUCCUUGUUCUUCCCCUUGUCUGCUAUACAGCCAACUAUCCUGUGAUCCCAGUGUACGUGUGUAACAAAUUCCUUUGUCCUAGGCCUGUGUGAUGUGUUGUCCCCUCGCCCUUUUGGUGGGGACAGGCAUCCCAUCUAAAUUGCUGUGACCCAGAAUCAUGAGGGCUGCUACACUUUUUGCAUCUUGCUUCUUUUCUGGCUGUAUCCCAUAGGUGUCUAGUCGUCCACAAAUUCUUUGUCUGUCAUAAGCUGAUUUAUAGCUCACAGUAUGCUAACAAGUAAUUUAAAACCUCUUACUGGAGCAGGAAUACUGCUGUAUUCAGUCCAAAAUAGAAAGUAACAUAGCUGUUAGCUGUAAUGAUAACUAAAUCCCAUCCUCCUGCCUGCUUUGUAAUUUCUUCCUCAUGCUAUUCCUGAAAUAUUUAUCUCUGUUUGCCAUGAGCAACACUGUCCCUUCUGCUACCUUUCUGGAGGCAACUUGUCUUUGAAAUAAGGCUAUAGGCAACUGUUCCGUUACCUGAACCAGCAUCAAAUCCAGCAGUUGGAAUAGAAAAGUCAGAUUUGCUGUCCGGUUGCAGUUUCAUUUUUAACAGUUACCUCCCCGCUCCAUGAAAACUGGGUGCACUUUGCUUAUUCCUGAUCUAGAGAGACAUAUAUGCACCACUUAUCUGUGCAUUGUUGCAGAGACACGCAGGAUGCAGCUUAUGCAAAAGAAUGCUUCUCUGUACAGUCAGCUUCUGAAUCUAUGCUACUCAUGUCCCUAGUCCUGUUUAAUGCAAUGAAGUCCAGGUCAUUUUGUAUAAAACCCUGCCUGAAAACUGUGACCUGGCCCAUGGGGCUCUGGUGUUGAAGCAGCAGAGACAGUGGGCUUUCCAGAUGGGGCAAAAGUUCUGUCUCAGUUGUGUGAAGGAAGCUGAGGUGUAUCAGGGUUCAUGCCGAAACUACUCAGGAAAACAACACAGCCUCAAAAACUGCUUCUCGUCUGGAAAUCUUUGAAAUCAUUUUCGAAAUCCACUUUCCUCCUGGGACUGGGCUUCUAGAGCUGUUUCUUGCUCUUAACCUAUUUGUGAACUAACUGAAAGCCUCCAAAGAAAGAGAUUCUGCUACAGAAAUAACUUCCCAUUGAAAGCCUUAUGAACACUAAACCUCACCCCACCAGAACAAAAAAUCCCACGGAAGAAGGCACUGGCCAUAUUGCUAACAAGCCCUCUGUCAUCUGGAUGGUGGGGAAAAUACUGGAAACAACAGUGUGGAAUUGAGUAUACUUCCAGCACAUUUUCCCCCCAUCUUGAAGACCUCAAUGUUAGAGUUAUACUACUACUCUGUUUCUUUAGAUUAUAGUUUGUUGUAAUGAUGGGUCUGUGUUACAAGAAAAGGUGUAGGCUUUGAUCUCUUGUUCCUCUUACCUUUCUGUUAAGAUAUUCUUUCUUGUUGAAGACUGAACAUUAGUGGGACAGCUAUACUAAAAAUCCCCACAACAAUUUAUCCUACUUCCUUUCUUACCAGGUUCAGUAAAGCAGCAGCAGCAGCAAAAUUAUUUCAUACAUCUUUUGACCAUGCUUUGGCCGUUCUCUUUUUUUUCAUAACUUGUUUGAAGACUGGAUUCUCAUAACAGAAUCGCAAGGCUCAAAAGUAAAAUCAAUAUGGUUUGGGACAGAUAUGAAAAGAGCAUCUAAAGGUCACAGCGAAGAAGCACAAAGAAAUCUAGAAAAUAGGUACAAAUGCCUCGUGUCUAGAAUGAUGGACUUCCAAGCAUUCAUUAAUUUACUAUGUAGUGAGCCUUACUAUUUAAAAACAUAUCACAAGAAAGAAAAUUUAAAUUCACACAAGAACUGUACACCUUAAUUCUACUUUUUCCUUCCUUCAUAUAGUGUACUACUGUUCUUCCAUUUUGUGCUCAGACAACCUUGUGGCCCAGGUUAUGCUGAGAGGAUGCAACCAGUUCAAGGCCACAGUGGUUUAAUUUUUAAAAAACGGCUCAGCAAAGAAACAAUUUGGGGCAGUCUGGUCGGGGCUGACUAAAUCUGCUCCGCUACCUCAGACAAAUGACAGGGUGAUUCAGCCUCUUUUUUCAUGGACACAAACUGUUAGAAAGAUAGCUCCAUCUUACUUUGAUAUUGGUAAUGGAGAAGCGACUUCCAUUUUACCCGAAGGACGCAGGCUUGUUCGGAGGACACAAAGAGAGCUACAUGGUUUGCUGUUCACCCUCCUGACAGCUAGCCAACCUUGUUUCCCAUGUUGGUUGUCUAACAACACGAUCAACCUCUCUUGUCCUAAUCUCAUGCUCUUCUCUGCACUCCAUUGCCUACCCUAUGGUAUGUAUGAGGGAAUAUAGAAAUACCUUUGUAUCUGCUGACACACCGCUUGUUUCUGAAAAAUGGGUGCAAAUCCUUUUUCAUAUGCCUUCAGAUAAUGUCUGUAUCAUAACCUGGGGCACCAAAUGAUGAUAAAUACCUACCUGCACCAUGGUAGGUAGGGUUACAUGGACAGCUAACUUCCUAUUCACAGUGGUGAAUAAAUGUCAUAGCCCCUAAAUAAGUCCUUUGUGUUACUUGUAGCUGGUAAUCACAGUGGCACUAUAACUAAAGGCAUACUACAAUAUAGGGACUGUACUGGUCUUAAGUUGUUAUCCAAAGCAGAUUUGUUUUCCAUCAUCCUUCUGUAUGAACAAACCUAUGAAAAAUAGUCCACACACCAAACUGUGCUGGGUUGAGGAGAAGGAAAUGUUCCUUCUUUAAAGAUGCAACAUGAAUGCUUUGUAGGCUGAGAACAUGUGCAUCGUAAUGUGAGUUCCCUAAUACUUCCAUCCAGAUGUGGUAAAAUAGAGGUAAAAGCAGAAAGACUUUGUCUAUAAGAUCACAGCUUCUAAAAGAACAGGCAGCCUAUGGUCUUUCUGAUAUUACUGGAAUUCCAUUCCCAUCAGCCCCCACCACAGCCAAAGGUAAAAAAAAAUGAUGAGAAUUGUUGUGCCAACAACUUCUGGAGGGACUCCAAUUGCUCACCCCUUUGAAAGCCAUUCAUAGCUAAAGUGAGGCAAGAAAUACAUAGCAGGGAGGAGAAAAUUAACACGUUGAGAACAAAAAGUCUGAUAAAAAAAUACGGGUGCUCUUUGAACAAAUGCAGAGAAGGAGCUGUGAGAACACUAAAGCUGGGGGGAAAGACAGGAAAGAAAAAGAUGAAACGAGUAAUGGAAAUUAAGCUGAAGAGAAGGUAAUAAUAACCAGAAAGCAGCUUUCCCCAGUAUGGUGCCCCUCUCCAAAUGUUUUGGACUGCAUCUAUUACAAGCCCUUGCCAACAGUAAUCAGAAAUGAUGGGAGAUAUAAUCCCAAACAUUUUACUAGGGAACUUUAAAGAGACAGAUGACAAAUUCUAAAAUGUCUAAAACAUUUGGAGAGAGUUUCUACUCCACCCCCAGAAGCCAUUUGCUCACUGCUCAAUUUGCCUUAAGAUAACUUGCUUGGUAUAAACAACCGUGCCAUGAAACUGGGACUUUAUCUUAGUACACAACUUAAUAAAGAUAAAUUAUCAUCAAACCAUAGUGAUCUGCUUGAUUUCCUUAGUGAUCCAAUAAAGUUAUCACCUACUCCUGCUUUUUUUGGGUUUUUCCCCCUCUUUGGGAGAACCAUUGAGAAAGGAAAUCAACAGAUAGACACUUACAUGGACACUUUUGUUGGGGAGAAAGGACUGUAGUUCAAUAUUGGGGGUGCAUCCUUUAAAAAAAAAAAGUCCCAUGUUCUAUCAAUGGUGUCUCUGGAUAGGGAUGGGGACAUUUCCUACCAAAACCCUGGGGAGCUGUUGGCAUUCAGUGCAGACAAGGCUGAUAAGGACAGGCUAGUGGCCUGACUCUUUUAAGAUAGCUUUCUGUACUCUUUGUUUUCUGAAGAAAGAGGGCAGUGAAGACAGAAGACAUGAGCCGCUGCACAGUAAACCAAAUGAACAGUGUAAUGCAAAAUAGUAAUAAAAGGUUGGAGACCAGCAACUGGGAUCAGAAGGAAAUGCGUUACAGUGACUGAGAUGAGAGAGAAUUGGGUGAAUUAAAAUUAUCCCUCCUUUUCAGCAUCUUGGCAUAUUAAUUCAGGCUUGCUAAGCGGCUUACCAUCUGAAGUAUGUCAUCCAUCCUCCCCCACUCAAACAGCAAUUUGCACUUAAAAAAAAAAAAACAAGCAUAAGAUGGACUUACCCUCCUUUUGUCUUUCCCUGUUGCAGCUGCAGAAUCCUGACAGCUCAUGCAAGACAUAAUUAAGGCUUCUCCCUUCUGUGCUUUAUUUUGAGCAUCCUUCUACCCUCAGACUCUCCAGACUUUUUUUUAAAAAAAUGCUAUCUUCUAAGGUACUGAUUUAGGGAACAAAUUGGAACUUUGCCGCCUGCUUCUUCAAGUAACAUUGGAAGUCUUGACGUUAAAUCAGUUUUACAUUUGGGUUUUUGGUUUUUUUUUAACAUGGUUGCUUUCAUUUUGAAUGUUAAUGCCCUCAUACUCCCAGUUUCAUUUGAAAGUCUGAUUGGUUUUUGUAAAAUCAUUCCAGUGUGCUACAACAAAGAGUGGUAAAGAGAAGCUACAGCUAUUCUGUAAUGUGCACUUCCAGCCAAGCUUGCAAGAGGUGCUUUAACGAUCAUCAGAGUUGACCUAGAAUCUGAUUUCUGCUGCCCAGGGUUUAGCCCUGAAGGAUGUGAUGGAGAAAUAAUGAAGAGCACAAUGUCUCUGAACAUGUGCAUAUCAUCUUGUCUCUCUAGCAAGAGGCUUGAAUCAGCUAUUGGAUCAUAUCUACUGUUGUGGUUCUAUAUUGCCAAGUCACUUCCAACUUGCCUAUAACCCUAUGAAUGAGUGACCUGCAAAAUUUCCUAUCCAGAACAGCCCUACUCAGCUGCUGUAAAUCAAAGCUGUGCUUCCUCAAUUCAUCUCAUAUUUGGUCUUCCUCUUUUCCUGCUGCCUUCCGCAUUUUCCAGUGAGUAUUUGCAAAGCUCUCACCUAGUACCAUAUUUCAAAUCAUUUUUUUCUGUCAGUUUUUGUCACUGUACAACUUUAACACCCAUAUAUAAUAAUUAUGAAUAAAAUAGCAUGGAUUAUUUUG